ACAUAAAAAGAUCGGAACGUGGGAUAACAAAAAGAAAAAACGAAGCUGCAAGACGAUUUUCUCCUGCACGUGGUUCUCUUACAAACACAGCUAUCGCACGGAAAACCCCAGCUAGCUGGCGAGUAGGUCAGGCAGCCGAAGAAGAAGAAAGUCCAAAGAAUGGCCAUGGUUGACGCGAUGCCAGUCCCGGAUUCCCGCCAGAAGGUGGACGAGCUAUUCCUCUUCUGGCUCUCGGAGCCCUCCACGCAGGAGAUGCUCCGCAACGAGCUCACCAAGGUCUGCAGGUACGGGAACGACGGUGUGAGCGGCGGAGGAGAAUCGCCCAGCAUUCUCGAUAGCCUUGUGGGGCCGUCGGCUGUCACUACGAGCGUUCCCCGGUCUUCCAGCCCAAACAACAGCAACUACCGCACCCCUUCGCCGCCGUUGCACCUCUCCAACUCGCCCAAGAGCCCGCGCGCCAAGAGACGCGCCAAGUCUCCUCGCAGGAGUCUCAAGUACGGAGCUUCCAGCAGCGCUGCAACGGAGAAAACCGGCCCCUCGACUGCAUUCGACGAUACCGACUAUUUCCCGACGCCCUCUACUUCAGAGCCGGAUGCAAGGAAAACGGAGAAGGCAGGUGCGCCGGGAAGAGCCGAUACCAGUGCAAUCCUGAAAGACACCGAGCAACAGAAAGCUAGACGAGCCAGGAGCGCAAAAAGCGCAAAACUUACACGCAGUGAAGUUAUUCCGCGUUUCUUCUUUCCCAAUGGAAGGGCGGGAGAGGCAAGAGAAGAGAGCAUAGAUGGGCAGCUAGAAGCAGCUGCAAAUGUGUUCCAAGAGCAGCCUAAUGGAGAAGUGACCAUGGCAGAUUUCCACCUGAUUGUCAAGGCCAUGGGACUGCCUCUCUAUUGGAAGGCCACACUCUUUAGCGCGUGUCAAGACGGUGACCCCACCCCCACUGACACAGCUGCAACUGUCUCUCUACCAGGGCUAAGGAAGACGUGGCAGAGGGUAACAAGACACUGUCAUGAUGAGCCAGCUAGAUUCGUCAAACUUAUGGCCACAGAGGGCAGAAGCUAUCUCACCGAAUCUGACUUCGAACUCCUUAUGCAGGACAUAGUAGACACUCACCCUGGACUUGCCUUCCUAGCAACAGCUCCCGAGUUCCACGCUCGCUACAUCGAAACAGUGAUCAGCAGAAUCUUUUACUCGGUGGACCGGAGUUGGAACAAUAGGAUAACCGUCUCUGACCUUCGAAGAAGCAACUUUCUGCAGAUCCUAAGAAGUCUGGAAGAGGAAUCAGAUAUCAAUGCCGUGACUGACUACUUCUCGUACGAGCAUUUCUACGUCAUCUAUUGCAAGUUCUGGGAGCUCGAUACCGACCACGACCUCGUCAUUGGUGAACAGGAUCUUUCAAGACAUGCUGAUCAUGCGCUAACUCCUCUGGUCAUACAAAGAAUCAUGUCUGGCAUUGUCACAAGGGACAAGACGGUGCCAGCUGGAAAACUCAGUUACAAAGACUUCAUAUGGUUCCUUCUUUCAGAAGAAGACAAAACAACUCAGCGAAGCAUCGAGUACUGGUUCCGGUGUCUAGACGUGGACGGAGACGGGGUUCUGUCGCUGUACGAGUUGCAGCUGUUCUACGAGGAGGUUCUCCAGCGACUACGAGAGCUGAGCAUCGAAUGUCUGUCAGUUGAGAACACCGUCUGCCAGGUCCUUGACAUGGUCAACCCGAGACUGAAGAAUUGCAUUUCCCUGGGUGACCUGAAGGCAUGCAAACUGACGCCUGCCUUCCUCAACACUUUCAUUAAUGUCGAGAAAUACCUCGAGUUCGAGCAGCGGGACCCGGUUACCAUGGCGAGAGACGAUGUGGAGACGCUGUGCUCCGAGUGGGACAGGUACGCCGCUGAUCAGUAUGAGAUACUGUUGGCUGAGGAGGCCGGGGAGAACGACACCAGUAAUGCUGAUGACGAAACAGGUGAUAGCGAUUUUGGUGAAGAAGAAAAAGAGAUGUUGGCAUUACUCUAAUUGAAGCCCAUCAUGUUAAACUUACACUUCUAGUACAACACAGCCAUCACUUAUAUCACUUUCUCAUCACAAAAAUGAACCUUAAUAAUAUAUCUUCCGUGGUUUAACCUGUUGUAUAUCAAAACCCAUACUUACAUAUGCCCCGUUGUUUACAAACAACUUUAGUACGUGCUCGCUCAUUUUUCAGUUGUAUAUAUACAUAAAAUCUUUUUUAAAAGACCGGUGAGGGGUGUGAUUGCAUGUAGUGUGUGCAAUGCCGGUAAUGCAUGUGUAUGCAUAUGAUAUUCACAUUAUAUAUUACAAGUGGCUUGAUCAUAGAUGACACUGGUGGGGCACUGGUCACCACUAUCUCUUGUCUGUCGUCCUUGGCUUAGGUUUGAGUGCUCCCCCGCCAGAUGCCGUCUUGAAGGAUGGUAGUCUCUCUGCCCAUUCUUCUAGCUGCUGAAUUAGUGGCUUCCGCUUGAAUUUGGUGGCUUCUCUGAUGACGUCCUGUACGAAGCCACGUCUGACCUCAACGGAUCCUUUGACCCCUUCGAGAUACUGGAAUAGGGUCUGUGGAGAGUAGUUUUUGCCCUGUUUCUUGACCUCCUUGAAGAUGAGGAUCCUCAGCCUGGCAUUCUCUUGUCCCUGCUGUUUCUGAAUCUCCUCCGUUAGCACCUUCGACGCCGACGACAUUUCCGGUUUUACCAGUCUGACGGCAGGGGGCAGCUUCAGCGAGCUGUUUGUGCCGCUCAGCGGGGGUUUGUUCGAGACCUGCGGAGCUUUUUGAUUGGACGGUUGGCCCGUUGACGUGUCGUUUGCAGUGGAGUUAACAAGAGGGUAUGAAGGACUCUUGGCACGUCUCUUCGGACCUGGCAGAGAAGGGGUGGGGGAAGGAGUUCUCUCUCGUUUUCGAUGGGGGAAACUGUUGUUCACUGAACUCUGCUGGUCCGUAGAGCUGUUGGUUAGAGAUUUCGUACUACUCGCUACCAUUGGUUUGACCUUUCGACCCUGCUCCGCUUUCCAUGGAUUCGGCAUUCGGGUGAUUAACCCCUUCUUUACCAGGUUCAACCUUUGGCGUUUUUGCGUCUUUGGUGGGAAGUUUUCUGCUUCCAUUUGGUUCUUCUUCAGGUAAACUCCAAUUCUUAUGAACACUGUGUUUGUUGUGAUUGGUGAGGGAGGGAGUGGGUGAGGGGAUGGGGGAGGAGGGGAGGGAGGGAGAGCGGGGAGAAGGGACCGGGGACGGAGAGCGAGGAUUUCGCCUCCUCCCGGACGAUCGCCGACUUCCCAGUGUCUCCACCAUGUGCUCGUCGGCCAGCGAAAUCUCCAAGUCUUGACCAGAUCCUUUCU